GGGGCGGUGGCGGCUGGGCCGGCCGUGCCGGGGCGCCGGCUCCCGCCUGGACGUGCCUGCUGCUGUGCGCAGCGCUCCGGAGCCUGCUGGCCAGCCCCGGCAGCGAGGUGAAUUUACUGGACUCACGCACAGUGAUGGGGGAUCUAGGAUGGAUAGCCUACCCAAAAAAUGGGUGGGAAGAAAUUGGUGAGGUGGAUGAAAACUAUGCUCCGAUACACACAUACCAAGUAUGCAAGGUAAUGGAACAGAAUCAGAACAACUGGCUUCUGACCAGCUGGAUCUCUAACGAAGGGGCAUCCCGCAUUUUCAUCGAGCUCAAAUUCACCUUGAGGGACUGUAACAGCCUUCCAGGAGGACUUGGGACUUGCAAAGAGACUUUUAACAUGUACUACUUUGAAUCGGAUGACGAAGAUGGGAGGAACAUCAGAGAGAAUCAGUAUAUCAAGAUCGAUACCAUUGCUGCUGAUGAGAGCUUCACAGAGUUAGACCUCGGCGACAGAGUUAUGAAGCUAAACACAGAGGUGAGAGAUGUUGGGCCCCUGACCAAAAAGGGAUUUUACCUUGCUUUCCAGGACGUGGGUGCCUGCAUUGCCCUGGUCUCUGUGCGCGUGUACUACAAGAAAUGCCCAUCAGUGGUCCGCAACCUGGCACGCUUUCCAGACACCAUCACGGGAGCAGAUUCCUCACAGCUGCUAGAGGUGUCAGGCGUCUGCGUCAACCACUCGGUGACUGACGAGGCGCCGAAGAUGCACUGCAGUGCUGAGGGAGAGUGGCUGGUGCCCAUCGGGAAGUGCUUGUGCAAGGCAGGCUACGAGGAGAAGAACAACACCUGCCAAGUAUGCAGACCUGGGUUCUUCAAAGCUUCACCCCACAGUCCAUCCUGCAGCAAAUGUCCCCCUCACAGCUACACGCUUGAUGAAGCAUCCACAUCUUGCCUGUGUGAAGAGCACUAUUUUAGGAGGGAAUCAGACCCACCUACAAUGGCCUGUACAAGACCCCCCUCUGCUCCUCGGAGUGCCAUCUCAAAUGUUAACGAGACUAGUGUCUUUCUGGAAUGGAUUCCCCCUGCUGAUACUGGUGGAAGGAAAGAUGUGUCUUAUUAUAUUGCAUGCAAGAAGUGCAACUCACACUCAGGUCUGUGCGAGGCGUGUGGCAGUCAUGUCAGGUACCUCCCCCAGCAAACCGGCCUGAAAAACACCUCUGUCAUGAUGGUGGAUCUACUUGCUCAUACAAACUAUACCUUUGAAAUUGAGGCAGUGAAUGGAGUGUCCGACCAGAACCCAGGAGCCCGGCAGUUUGUUUCUGUAAAUGUAACCACAAACCAGGCAGCACCUUCUCCAGUCAGUAGUGUGAAAAAAGGGAAGAUAACUAAAAAUAGCAUCUCCCUUUCCUGGCAGGAGCCAGAUCGACCCAACGGCAUCAUCCUGGAAUACGAAAUCAAAUAUUUUGAAAAGGACCAGGAGACGAGCUACACCAUCAUCAAGUCCAAAGAGACGAUGAUUACAGCAGAUGGCUUGAAACCAGGCUCAGCGUACAUCUUCCAGAUCCGAGCCCGGACAGCUGCUGGCUACGGUGGCUUCAGCCGAAGAUUUGAGUUUGAAACCAGCCCUGUGUCAGUAGCUGCAUCCAGCGACCAGAGCCAGAUUCCUAUAAUUGUUGUGUCUGUAACAGUGGGAGUUAUUCUGCUGGCUGUUGUUAUCGGUUUCCUUCUCAGUGGAAGGCGAUGUGGUUAUAGCAAGGCUAAACAAGAUCCAGAAGAAGAAAAGAUGCAUUUUCAUAAUGGCCACAUUAAACUGCCUGGAGUAAGAACCUACAUUGACCCCCACACCUACGAGGACCCUAAUCAAGCCGUCCACGAGUUUGCCAAGGAAAUAGAAGCUUCGUGCAUAACCAUCGAGAGAGUUAUCGGAGCUGGUGAAUUUGGAGAAGUCUGCAGCGGGCGGCUGAAAUUGCAGGGAAAACGCGAACUUCCAGUGGCUAUCAAAACCCUGAAGGUGGGCUACACAGAGAAGCAAAGACGAGAUUUCCUGGGAGAAGCAAGUAUUAUGGGGCAGUUCGAUCACCCCAAUAUCAUCCACCUGGAAGGCGUCGUCACAAAAAGCAAACCGGUAAUGAUAGUGACAGAAUAUAUGGAGAAUGGCUCUCUGGAUACAUUUUUAAAGAAGAACGAUGGGCAGUUCACGGUCAUUCAGUUGGUCGGGAUGCUGCGAGGCAUCGCGUCAGGAAUGAAAUACCUGUCUGACAUGGGCUACGUGCACAGGGAUCUCGCUGCCAGGAAUAUCCUAAUCAACAGCAACUUAGUCUGCAAGGUGUCUGACUUUGGCCUCUCCAGAGUCCUAGAAGAUGACCCUGAAGCAGCAUACACUACCAGGGGAGGGAAGAUCCCCAUCCGAUGGACGGCACCUGAGGCAAUCGCCUUCCGGAAAUUCACGUCGGCCAGCGAUGUCUGGAGCUACGGCAUCGUGAUGUGGGAGGUGAUGUCCUACGGCGAGAGACCUUACUGGGAAAUGACAAACCAAGAUGUGAUUAAAGCCGUGGAGGAAGGCUAUCGCCUGCCAAGUCCCAUGGACUGCCCUGCUGCUCUCUACCAGCUAAUGCUCGACUGCUGGCAGAAAGACCGCAACAGCAGGCCCAAGUUUGACGAAAUUGUCAGCAUGUUGGACAAACUCAUCCGUAACCCAAGCAGCUUGAAGACGCUGGUUAAUGCAUCGAGCAGAGUAUCAAAUCUGUUGGUAGAACACAGUCCGGUGGGGAGCGGUGCCUACAGGUCAGUGGGUGAGUGGCUGGAAGCCAUCAAAAUGGGCCGGUACACCGAGAUUUUCAUGGAGAACGGAUACAGUUCGAUGGACGCCGUGGCUCAGGUGACCCUAGAGGAUUUGAGGCGGCUGGGAGUGACACUUGUUGGUCACCAGAAGAAGAUAAUGAACAGCCUUCAAGAGAUGAAAGUCCAGUUGGUGAAUGGGAUGGUGCCGUUGUAACUUGGUUUUAAUGUCACCUCCUCGAGUGGUCGGUCCUGCACUUUGUAUACUAGCCCUGAGAUUUAUUUUGACUAAAGAAAAAAGGGAAAUUCAGUGGUUUCUAUAACUGAAGGACGCUGGCCUCUGCCACAGCAUUUAUAAAGCAGUGUUUGACUCAAGUUUUCAUUUUCUUCCUAUUUGUGUCCUCAUUUUCAUGAAGUAAAUGUAACAUGCAUGGAACAUGGAAAUGGAUCUACUGUACAUGAGGUUAACCAAUUUCUUAUGCUUCAGCGAUGACAACAGCAAGCCUUCCCACCACAUGUUGUCUGUACAUGGGAUAUAUAUAUAGCACCUUUAUAUACUGAAUUACAGCAGCACAUGUUAAUACUUCCAAGGACUUACUUGAAUGGAGAAGUUUUGCAGCUGUUUGUGGGCUCACAAAAGCUGCGCUUCACUGAAGUUUACUUCGAGUCUUACUUGUCUACAGAAGUGUAUUGAAGAGCAAUAUUAUUAGAUUAUUUCUGGAUAGAUAUUUUGUUUUGUAAAUAUAAAAAAAAUGCUGUUACACAGCGUUAAGUUAUAGAGACUAGUGUAUAAACAUGUUGCUUACUCAAUGGCAAAUACAAUACAGGGUGUAUAUUUUUUUUCUCUCUGUGUUACAAAGUUCUUUUAGUUUGCUCUUCUGUGAGGAUAAUACAUGACGAUGUAUAUACUGUACAGUUUGCUAUACAUCAGGUACAAGAUUAGGGCUUUUUCAUUGUUUUGUUCUUUUUCCCUUGUUUGCUUCAUUUUGUUUUUUUUUUUCUUUUGCAUUACCAUUAUGCUUUGUAUUUUUGCUGCUGUUUGGUUUGAGCAACAUGUAAAGCCUUCGGGAGUUUUGAUUUGCAUAUAUGAGGUAGAAGGAGUCUGCUUAAAUAAAGGAUGUCACCCCCCUUCUUCUCCACUGUGGGCUGGGGCCAUCCACAAGAAGAGAAGUAAAAUGGGAGUUAAAGCAUCCAGCUCUCAACCUGCCUCAGCGGCAGUGUGGCAUCUGUGUUCCCUUUGUGUGUCUGAUAACCUGCCCGUAGCGUACCCCUUCCUGUGUCCCCAUUACCCAGCACAGAGAUUCCACGGCAUUUCCCCAAAACUGUGGCCAGGCAAGCAGGGGAGGGAAUUAUUCUGGGAUCUGCGCUGUCGCAGGUUGCUUUGUGGGUAUUUUCAGCUUAGACGCCCUCUGCGUCCCUUGGAAAAGUUAGGCAGGUUGGCCCCAAAACCCUGAUCCCUCUUACAGAAAUGGGUACAGACCUGGCCAGUUUGGUUCAGAGCACAGAGAGGAAGGUGAAGGAGAGCAGCCCGACCUGGUCACAGCGCUGUCAUCCCAUGGUCGGUGUCAUCUGCCUGAAGCUGACACAGCUUGAGUCAGUACCGGGUUGUAGCCAGUGUUCAGUGUGUACAUCAAAGCCUGAAGCUGCUGUUUUCAGGGGGACCUGAGGGCAGCAGAGAGAUGCCCAAUGCUCUGGAAAUCCUAUCAAGAAACAGUGUGGGGCCAUCCUCCUCUGUUUGCUGUAGAUGGGAUUAAUCGGUGCAGUUAUUUUGGUAUUCAUAGGUUGUUUUGUGAAGACUUUGGUAAAGAUAAGGAUUAAAAACUGCUUGGCGGAUGGCGAGUGUGUACUAUUACUGUAGAUGUAUUGCUUCCGUAGAGGCGUUGGAUAGCAUCUCAGAGCGUUAUUCCUCAACGACAACAUCGACGUGUUGGCUUAGGGCUUCUCCCUUCAUCCCCCAGCACUGCAGAACAGAGACCAAGCACCCUAUCUAAUGCCCAAAGGCAGCUGCUUUCCUUCACCGCUCGCAGAAGCACGUGUUGAAUGUCACUUCAGCUGGCUUUAAAGGUCUUCAAUUUCCUAAGAGCCCUUUGAUGAGAUUUGACGCAAGUAGCACUUUCUAAAGAAAAGGGGUAGGGAAAGGUCUAGGAGGAGAGGGCUUGAGGGGGGUUCUUAGCAGCAGGGCUUGCUUUCUUUCCACAGGGCUUCUCGAUGCAGAAUUUUCCCAUUUUGAAAUGAUGUGCACGCUCUGUAACAUCCAGUUAUCCUCCAAACCGCCUUGCCGUGAGGCACGGGCAAGGUACGAAAGAUCAGGGGGAAGCACCGGCAUGCGGGAGGGCAGAAGCUGGCCGCUCGCCUCUCGCACCCCGCUGCCACAGCACGGGAGCGCUGAGCCCGCUGGCAACACGAGAAACAGGACGGGGACAAGUUGCGCGGCGAGGCAGAAGGGGAAGGCCUGGCGAAUCUCGCUGGUGUGAUUUCUCACCCUGUUGUUUCGUUUUGUCAGCCACCAGGCCACAAAAGGCGGGGGGAGAAGGAAUCAAGACAUAACAAUUUCGGCACAUAAAAGAGAUUUGUCAAAUAAUAAAUAACAUUAUUAGAGCUGUCAGCAGAGCUGUCUCGGGAUUAUUUGUGCCUCCCUGCCUGCAGUGCUUUGUAAAAUAACCCGUAGGAAGACAGAAGCAACAACUCGUUUCUUUGGGAGGUAUCGUUCGGUCGCUGCAUGCAUCAAUCAGCUGCACUGAGAGAGAUUUUAUUAGCAAAUUUCAGCACUUAGCCUUUCUGCCUGUUUUCUUCGGUCGUUCGUUAACUGUUGGCUCUGUGUAAGGAUUUGGGUUUGUUCUUUUCCAUGGACUUUUACGAGAAAAUCCCCUUUCACCAUUUGUGGGUUUUUAAAGGCAUAUGCAGUACUGCUGGGAUGCACCGCAUCGAGGUGAGCGUGAUGUGCUUGAUAUUCUGUAGUAAUACUGGAGCAACCUUCAGGAUACCCUUCAGAUGAACCAGUGGAAAAUGAACUGUUCUUCAGCCAGACUGCAUUUGUAAAUAGGGCACCUACUCUCAGUUCCUUGAAUAAAUAAAUAAAUGACCUUUUAU